GUGACCUUUGCCUGAGACGGGACAGUGACGUCUUACGUUGUUUACGACAGAACACUGUUGCUGUUCAAAAAACCUCUUUCUUAGUGUUAGCUUGUGUGCUUUCACAAACAUACAUUUAACAUUAGGCGGGCCAUGAGCAUAUGUGGGACAUAAAGUACGAUAAAAUGGUCCUGCACAAUUAAGCAAACAGUAAUGCCUUAGAGGGAGAAAACACUUUCAAGUCUCCUCCACUUGGGGAGGAGAGGUCUCCUCAGAAAUGGCAACUGAACUCCAUGAGACUAUUUUCAUGGCCAAGCAGGAGCGCCACAAAAACCUGUUUCUUAACUACAGAAACCUGAAUAAUUUCCCCGUAGAACUGCUGAAGGAUGAAGGCCUGCAGUUUCUGGAGAGACUGUACAUGAAGAGGAACUCACUCACUACACUGCCUGACAAUCUUGCUCAGAAGCUCCCAAAUCUAAUUGAACUGUAUUUGCACUCAAACAACAUUGUCCUUAUUCCUGAAGCUAUUGGAAACCUGGCCAGACUCCAGUCACUGGACCUGAGUAAUAACGCCCUCCAGCUCCUCUGUCCAGAGAUUGGCCGACUGAGGUCUCUACGGCACCUGAGACUGUCCAAUAACCAGCUGAAAUGCCUUCCUCCAGCGAUCGGUGAUCUACAGGAACUGGAGACUCUGGACGUGUCCAUGAACCAGCUGAUGUCUCUGCCAGACCAGCUGCACCGCUGUGUUUCUCUGCAGAAUCUGACCGCCGACCACAACCUGUUGAGCCACGUUCCCCGGCAGCUCUGCUUGCUCCACCGCCUCAACCAGCUCUCCAUGGCCGCCAACCGGCUGACCUUUCUACCACUCGAUCUGGGGAGGUCACGGGAGCUGCAGUUUGUGUUUGUGGACAACAAUGUGGACCUAAAAGGCCUUCCCUCCUACUUGUAUAACAAGGUCAUCGGCUGCAGCGGGUGCAGCGUGGCAGCCCAGGUGUCGGAGGGGGACCUGGGUGAGGCGCUGAGUGAGGCUCUGGUCGGGCUUCCAGGUGAAGUGAAGGUGGUGGGCUCAGAGACGGAUAACGUGGUUCCCCUGGAGGAGCUCGUCAUGAGAACCCUGCACCGCAUCUACUGCCACCGCCCAACAGACCUCAGCUUGCUGCCACCCAUCACCCUCCCGAGGAGCCUGCUGGACCUGCUGCAGUUCCCCCUGGGACACUGCCACCGUUGCAGUCAAGCCAUGUUCACCAUCAUCUACCCCAAACUCUUCCCCCUCCGUGACACCGCUUUGGCAGGAGUGCACCGCAGGACGACUGUGAGUUUUGUGGCGUAUUGCUGCUCCAGUCACUGCCUCCGGACCUUUGACCUCCAGGGAUGACGUCAUUUUCUUCGCCCUGUAACACAUUCGCUCAGGAGCUUUUGAGUGGUUUCCAGAAGGUGACAAAUAACGGCUCGUGAUUUGUGUGGCGCGAAGGUCUGUGUGUGUGUCAGUGCAGGAGCUCUGUGCUUGAUUGACAAGACUAAGAACUACAGAGAAGCAGAGUGUGUGGAUGCUUGGUGGGUCAGAUGAUGGACUCACAGCUCGUUCAGCAAUGUUUUAACACACUGAAGUCAAAGACUCUAACCUACAUGAUAUUCCUGAGUUCUACCAACUGGGAGGAUUGUAUUCCUGUGUGUGUGGUGGGGGGUCAAAAUAAUAACUACCAUGUGUAAACAGUGCACCUAUGUGCUCAUUCAACUAGCUUUGUCUAGAAACCGACAGUAUUAAACCUAAAAUAACUACUCACAAACGGCACUUUUAAGAACAAGCACUGUUAGAUUUUUGUGAAAUCAGUAAUUUUUCACACAGCAGCAGACACAUCCCAUUGAUUGCGGAGUCAUAUUUGAGGUAUUAAUAUUUGUAGUGCAGUUGGUUUUACUGAUUACUGAAGACAAUUUGAAGGGUUAUAAUUUAAAAGAAUGUGUAUCUGUUUGAUAUGUGUCAUUUUUAGCAGAACUGAACAGCAGACUCUAACAGACUUGUUAGAGAAGGCCCUGCCACAUUAACUCUUCAACAGUAGCCAUGUGUCUUUGAACAAGACACUUGACUUACUAAUGUAAGUUUAUAUAAUGAAACAAACUAAUAUUUUUAUCAUUACAUAAACUUAAAUGCACUGUGUAAAAUUAGCAGGAACUCAAAUUGUUGCAAUAACCUUGUAGAGGUUUAACAUCUGCAGACUCAUUUCAGUUUGAAGCCAAAGGUUUCUGUCGUCAUCUGAAGGAAAUAAGGUUUGUACACCUCAGAGGCACAGUGUGAUUCUCUUGUUGAACUGACGUUUGUGUGUUAAAUUCUAAUUUAUCAUUUGUUUUGAUUGUGUUGUGUUUGGCAGUAAAUGUUGACUGAUGUUUGA